UCAAUUGAUGUUGAAAUUCCGUUCGAGCCACAAGUUUGCACUUCUAUUUUAAUCUUGCGUUCAUUCAGUGUGUCAAUAAUUGUUGAUAAGAUGCAAUCUCUAAGAAAACUUUUGGACAUUGGAAAUUUGUACACUUUUUUCUAUAUUUAUGGCACCUUUAAACACUCAAAUCUUAUUGGCCAAUUGCAUUGGAUUAUAUUGCUACCAUUAUCCUUAAUAUGCACCAUUUUCUUGUGCUUAUUGCUUAUUAUUAUAGCGAUUUACUACGAAAUUAUCAAUUUCGUCUUGAGGUUAAAACACGGGGAUGAUUAUUGCGGGAUUAUGGAUGGAUCGGAUGUAAUUUGGGUCGUUGAAGAAGUGACCUCUCCGUUUAUCAAAACGCUCUUGAUGGUCGAUGCCAAAGAUGGGGAAGACUGUGAACCUCUUUUUGAAUUCAUGAAAAGCACCUACGAGAAAAUCGCCAAAACGCAUACGAAGAUGAGCUGGGUUCGAAGAUAUUUCAUGGGUUACGGGUAUUUCCUCAAAACGCACAUCAACAUCCAAGAGCAUGUGAAGUAUUUGGAGGACUACAAGGAUGUAGAAGGAUUAAACUUACUGAUGGAUAAGUUGAGUGACUCCCCUUUACCAGCUGGGAAUACGGCUCUGUGGGAAGUGUAUGUUGGAAGGGUUCCUUUAAAAUGGGAUAAAAAUGGAGGUAAAGUUCAGUAUCCAAUUUUCGCCAAGUAUCAUCACAGUCUUGGCGACGGAAUGUCAUUAAUGACUUUGAUAACAUCACAGUUCAUUGUUAAUGGGGUUAAUAUCGUGAAAGAAAGCUGCGAAACUUACAGAAACGUUCUUAAAAAGUCGGCCUUGACAAAAUCGAAACCUACUUUCCUGGAGAAUGUAAAGAAAUUGUUUAAUAAAAGUUACUAUAUUACAUAUUUCGGUCUGCUGGAUGACAAGGAUGAAAACAUGCUGCACCAAAACCGUUUAAGCAACGAAAAGCACAUAUGCUACUCCUUGGAGAAAGAGUCGACGAAUUAUGUGGAGAAAGUAAAAUCUAUCAAGAAUCGGUUUAAGGGAAUCUCUUUUAAUGAUGUAAUCAUGUCAGCAUUUUCCGCGAGUUGUGCCGAGUAUUACAUGUGUCACGACAAGAAUCCUCCGGAAAAUAUUCGUUUUGCAUUACCGUAUUAUAUAGCUUCGAGCGACUUUAAUAGCAUAGUGACUACAGGUACCAAUGGGGAAAUCGUUGCAAACUUGAAUAACAACCUUGCAUUGGGUUUUCUCAACAUCCCUAUCAAAGACAAGGAUAUCACCAGGAAUAUGGUGGACAGGUUGAUGUGCAUCAAUAAAAAUUCGACAAUUUCUAAGGAUAGUUUAGAUUUUCCGUUCGUAUAUUGACAAAUCAAUAUCUUCUCGACUAUUGUUCCGUUAUUGGUAAUAAAGAAAAUAGUCAAAUCGAAUCACAACACGGU